GAACCCUUUGGUUUGUACAGCAGUACGACUGCGACCAUUGACCGGCCGUCAGACAUUGUUAAUAUGUCCGACCCGCAGUGCGGUAUGAAAAACCGUCACCGCCGCAGACCCUGUGCGAAAUAAGUGCGUUCGCCGUCGCGCGUUGACAAUCACAUUUCACACACGCCGCGCGCGUAGGUUACACCCGGCCCGCGCACGGACAACAAACCUUCCUGGUUCCUGUCCACCGUGCCCCACACGGCCUUUUCUUCUUCGCGUUUCCAUUAGACACAGUGGCCACGGGAUAAUAUUAUCAUGCACGGGCCCAGAGCAGAGUUACAACAGGACGAUGGGCAACGUCAGGCAGCUGACGCGCAUCAACUGGAUGUGCCCAAACCACCGAUACGCCGUCUGUCACGGAGUACCAUGUCGCUGAAGAUUUCACCUGAUGUCCCAGCCACACAGCCUCAAAUACAGUUCUUCCCGUCCACGCCGGCCGCAGUCGGGCUGACCAUUCCCAUGACCCCGACCACCGACCCGACCAUCCCGAACGGAUUUUCGCCCCAACUUUACCAGGCCUACACGUCCAACAAAGCCACCGACUUUUUUUUCAAACAACUGGACGGAUUUAAAGAUAUCGUGUCCACGGCCAAAUCGAGAUUAAGUUUUGGCGAACGAGCCGUUUUCUGGUUAUACGACAAGAUCAGGGAAUGGUCCAGAAUGUGGUUAACCCAUUUCUUCCUCCUCUUCAUAGCUGCCGGUUAUUGUGCAGCUGGAGCGUUGGUGUUUCAAGCAGUUGAAUGGACGUCACCAAAAGAUCAGAUGAACGUAAUUCUCGAGAAGAGGGAACUGCUAAUUUUUCAAAUUGCCGGCUUAAUGGGAAAAGUAAUCAAGAAAAAUGAUGCGAUGUUCUUAGAAACUGAAAAUCUCAUUCAGGAAUACGAAUCCUUUUAUGAAAAUAAUAACAUGAAACCGGAAUGGAACUAUUUAAAUGCAGUUUUCUAUUGUGGUACUAUAUUUACAACCAUAGGUUACGGUCAUAUAGCUCCGUCGACCAAUACUGGCCGGUUCAUUACAAUCGUAUAUGCUAUAUUUGGUAUACCAAUAUUUCUUAUUUUGUUGGCCGAUUUCGGAAAGAUGUUCACCAGAGGUAUUAAAUUUCUCUGGGCGUUCGUCCGGCGAUUGUACUACACCGGCAGUUGUCGGAAAGUCCGUAGAACUGCACCAGUUCAAGAGGUUAUGAAAGGCAUGCAAAUGAUGUACGACAUCACCAAGUUCCGACGACCCAGCAACAUGUUCGGAGGCGUGCCGGACGGCCAGUCCGGAUUUCCACCGACUUCGCCCAGCACGCCAGCCCUCAGCGUGUACACGAUCGACGACGAGUUCGAUCUGCCCGUCUCGGUGGCGUUCGUCGUACUGGUGGUAUACAUCGUCAUCGGCGCCAUCGUGUUCUGCUUCGAGGAGGGAUGGGGGUUCUCGGAAUCAUUCUAUUUCGUCUUCAUAUCCAUGUCGACCAUCGGAUUCGGUGACUUCGUGCCCAAGAACCAACUUGUGAUGAUCGUGUCUAUCGUGUACUUGGUAUUCGGACUCGCAUUGACAUCUAUGUGCAUAAAUGUUGUACAGGAAAAGUUGCAGAAUUCGUUCAGACAAGCGACGACCAAAAUAAGUGCGACAAUCGGACUCGGUUUGCCCCGGGUGGAUGACGGUACCGAGCUGCCGACGCAGCCGCCGCCGCGAACUCUGGUCGACGACGACAACGACGUGCAAUCCGUGGACGCGGUUACCGAUAACGAUGAUGAUUGCGAGAGUUGAUUGCGUCGUGAGACGUGGAAACGAACCGGACGAACGCCUGGGUAGAACGCGAUUGCGUACAUUUGUCCUUUUCGGCAACACGAUUGCGUAUGUUUGUAGAUGGAUAACAAAAAUGUGGAAAAGAAAAAUAAAUAAACAUGAUUGAAAUUAUAUGCAACGUUGUCGAAUUAACUAAUUUUAUUUUAAUAAAAUUAUUGUCAAUAAAUCGAAAACGCUUAAAUUUGGAUUGUCUGGCAUCUAUAACCUACUACUUUUACCGAAACAAUAAACAUGGGUAAUAAAAGUGAUAUAAAAAACACAAAUUAUUUAUCAAAUUUUUCAAGUUCACUCGUAUAGGCAUAUAGUAUACACCCAAUACCGGUAAGAAAAUUAGCAUCAACGCUUAAAACUUCGUACGGAAUCGUGUAACUUAAAAAGGUAUCGCUAAUAAUAAACGUAUGCAAUCGUGUUUUACCCAACGCAACACACGUCGUCGUGUCCCGUACGGGUGCGCAGAGCGUGUGCACGUGACAAGCGCAACGGAUGCGUAUCAGCAACAUAGGAGUCCGGCGCACUCACCAGCGAACAUUACAUAUAAAUAUUUUUACUGUAUUAUUAUUAUUACUAUUAUAAUUAUUAUUGUUAUUGUUACUA